CACCAGUCUGAUUAAUUAUUAUUAUUAUUAACUCACCCAUCCCUUUCCGUUUGCCCUCCUUCGAUCCUCGAAUCAUAAGGACCAGCAGAGGGCUCCCUUCUGCCCCCUUUCGCUGAUUAAAAAUCGAAAGUCUUGCCUACGAAUUCGAGAGUGGCUUCUCGAACAUACGGCCGUCUCACUGCUGGCCACCUCAGCAGCAUCUCCAGCAAGCGUGGCGCAGGGGGUCUCCUGCUCUCGCUCUUCCUCGCGCACCCGAGCCACUCAUUCUCGCUCACCAGCAUCCUCCUUCUUUUCUUCUUAUUGAAAGGAGCCUUCGGGUGUAAAAAGAUAAAUAUACGCCCACCCCGGACCUGGACGUCCCUUUUGCCCACCCCAUCGGCCCAUCGCUGGGUGGCGAUUUUCCAUUUGAUCUUUUAAUCAGCAGUGUUCUGUUCUCUGCCCCUUUCAUUUCUUGCAAUUCAAUUCUUGCCACUAUAUAUUGUCCUUUUUAUCAUCUCUUUCUCCUCAAUUAACGGCAGGCGGAAAGGACUGCUAAGGCUUUGCAAGCGAUACGUCCUAUCCAUUCUAUCGAUUGACUAAUGAUUCCACGACCAAGGCCAUCUUGGACAAUGGAUCUCUAUUGACAGCAUCACACGCGCCGACGAGACCACAAUUCAAACAACCGCUAACCCGAAAAGCAAACGAACGUCCAGUCAACUCCUAUAACCCCCACUCCCCUUUUACCCCUAGCUUCUCAUCACACGGAUUAUCCUCACGUAUCCAUCCAAGAAAAUGACAUCGCCUCUCCCCCCGGACCCUUAUGCGGCCUUGGGCGUGUCUAAGGAUGCCUCCACAGCCGAGAUCAAAACCGCAUAUCGGAAACUCGUCCUGAAAUGCCACCCCGACAAGGUUAAAGAUGAGUCGCUCCGCAGUCAGAAGCAGGAUGAGUUCCAACGAGUUCAGGAAGCGUACGAACUCCUUUCAGACGACACAAAGAGAGCCAAAUAUGAUCAGAAGGCCCGCAUGGCCGAAAUGAGAAAAGAGGCGAUGGAAAAGGGAGGCCCAUCCGCGUCAUUCGGACACCGCACUGCCGGGUAUGACGUCCGAAACGGAAGAGUCUACGAAGAAAGAGUCCCGCGUUAUUACGAGGAGGAGAUGGCCUUUGCUGAUGAGCAAUGGUCGAGUUCGAGCAAAUAUGACGGGUAUGAGAAACGGCAGACCACCAAGGAUUCGGACGAAAAGAAGAAGAAGAGCAGAUCGUCCGAGUCGAAACGCGAGCCGACAAAGACACGCGAUGAUCGCGCAGGCAGGUCAAGCCGGGCAAAGAACCGGGACAAAGAGCGUCGAAGAGAACUCUCCGACAAAUAUAGCCACACUGCUACGUAUGAUUCUGAUUCAGACGAAUCAUGCUGUUGCCCCAGAGACUUCCCUGAGCCAAAAAUAAAGCGGGAAAGCCGCUCAAAGCACCCUAACCCUCGACCCAGAGAAUAUUCUGAUCACUGGGAAUCGUCGAAACAUGAUUCCCUUCAAAACGAUGCUCGUCGAUACAUCGAGCGGACCAGGAACGACGUGGCCGCCGAACGUGAGCGUCGUUCGUCGGGUUCGCCUUGGACCUUCUCUUCAGUCUUUCGCGACGCACAUCAUGUCGAUAGUCCUCGCCGCUCCUCCGCGCGACCUCGUGCUUCACGCAACGGAUCUGUUGACAUAAUCGAGCCUUCGCCUAAACGAACUCAUUCUUCUCGGACAAUUCCGAGCCUCACAACUGCUACGUCUGCUCCCCCCAACAUAAAGAUCCCUCCAACUCUGGGUAUGUCUCCCCCGACACGAUCAUCUACGUAUCAUGUACGAGAAAAACGGGACCCACCUCCAAUCCGCCGUGCUGAGACACUCCCACUAGGCGUCUCAUCUCGCCAUGGAGAUCCAAUCGUCACUAAAUCAUCGAAACUUAAAGACCUGUAUGACUCUGGGUACUCGAGCUCAAGUCCGGGUACUCCGAAAAUAUCCCCACCAAAAAGCAGCAAGCACGUGGUUGUGGACGAAGAUGAUGACUUUCCACGACACCGAACCGUCUUGGUAGAUCCCCCCUAUCCUUCUCAUCGGCGUACUCACAGUACAUCUCCUCCUCAGCGCGAGCCCGUACCGUUCAUGAUGCGGCCACCACCAAAGUCAAAACGAUCGAAAUCGCGUGAUAUUCAUGCGCGUCAUGAUUCCAUCCCGAAGCUACGGACCAGUCGAGAUGGGUUAUUUGCCGAGAUAACUGACGAUUAUUACCCACGAUUCUCAGACGAGCGAGCCCGAUACUCGCCCAAGAUCCGACAAGAAGACAGUUACCACGAGAUUUAUCCGAGAUCGUAUAGAUCUGAUCCUCGCUCACAUACCAGGAAAGAAUCAUGUGCUUAUUAGUUUCAUUCCUCUUUCGUCCCGGUUCUUCCAUAAGAACCGGCGUAUAGUCUUCACACAAUUUGUUUUGCAUCGUCACGAUUUUUCUCGUGAUAUCACAGGGCGGCUUAUACACCUUCCAAACCCUCUUCUCUUCGGGAAGUCUGCUUUUCUGACUUUAUCGAGUGUAUAAUCUGAAACUCAACACUCGGGAUAAAUACUGAACUAUCACUCCGCCUAUUUUCGUGGACAUAACAGUCGCUCAGAUUUGAUUCCAUUUACGAGACAUGUUGCUUUACUGAUGAUGACCCCAUCGCUACGAAUUUCUCUUUUCUUUUUUGUUUUAUUUUUCUUUAGCUUUUUGUUGGUGACCUCGCCCAUCUUUCCAGUGGUCUGCUAAUCCAGUUUCAUCAUCGAGAUCCAGCAGGACCGACCCAACUUUGUGCAUUUACUAUCUGGAAGAGCAUCUCAACCAAUUCAUGUGGCAACACACUUAGAUCUGCUUUUUUGGAUUUUUUUAUUUUGUUUUCCCAAUCCUUUCCGUCGGUAUUUUUGCUCUUGCUCUCGGCCCUCUUUCCGCCUUUGCUUCCUUAUUUUCAUUGCCAGGAGCAGUGAUUCUUGUUCGCAGUCGCCUGAAGCAAAAGAAAGAAAAAUUAAGGGG